AUGCUCUGCAGGUCGGCUCUGACGAGGGGCAGCCAGCUGGCUGCUCGCCAGGCGGGCGUCCAGAAGCUUGCCCAGCGCGGUUUUGCCGCUGCCGCUGCCGCUGCGCCAAAGUCGUCGUACGAGCCCACCACCAUCGCCGGCGUCAAGGUCGCUGCCCGUGAUGAUAAUGGUCCGACCACUCGCCUCGCUGUCGUCGCCAAGGCUGGCACGAGAUACGAGCCUCUCCCGGGCCUGACGGUCGGCCUGGAGGAGUAUGCCUUCAAGAACACCAACAAGCGCUCCGCCCUGCGCAUCGUCCGCGAGUCCGAGCUGCUCGGCGGCCAAUUGACCUCGUACCAUACCCGUGAGGCCCUCGUGCUGCAGGCCAGCUUCCUCCGCGAGGACUUGCCCUACUUCGCCGAGCUGCUUGCCGAGGUCGUGUCGCAGACCCGCUACACCUCCCACGAGUUCCACGAGGAGGUCGAGAACGUCAUCCACCAGAAGCAGGCCAAGCUGGACGCGGCGGCCAUCGCCCUUGAUGCCGCCCACGCGGUGGCCUUCCACACCGGUCUCGGUGCCCCGCUGUACCCGACGCCCAGCACGCCCGUGUCGUCCUACCUGAAUGAGCACUCCGUCGCUGCCUUCGCCGAGGCGGCCUACACCAAGCCUAACAUCGCCAUCGUGGCUGACGGUGCCAGCUCGGCCGGCCUGAGCAAGUGGAUCGAGCCCUUCUUCAAGGACGUCCCCGCUGCCUCCGACGCUGCCGUCAAGUCUGCCCCGUCCAAGUACUUCGGCGGCGAGCAGCGCAUCGCCCUCACCGGCGGCAACUCGCUCGUUAUUGCUUUCCCCGGCGCCGCCCAGGGCGCCAAGCAGCCCGAGACCGCGGUUCUCGCGGCCCUCCUCGGCGGCCAGUCCUCCAUCAAGUGGUCUCCGGGCUUCUCGCUGCUGGCCAAGGCGGCCGCCAGCACCUUUGGCGCUACCGCCAAAGCCAGCCACCUCGCCUACUCGGACGCCGGUCUGCUGGCCAUCCAGAUCACGGGCCAGGCCGCUGCUGUCCGCAAGGUUGCAGAGGAGUCCGUUAAGGCGCUCAAGAGCGUUGCUGAGGGCGGUGUCACGCAGGAGGACCUGGUCAAGGCCAUUGCUAAGGCCAAGUUCAACCUGCUGUCUGCGGGCGAGGUCGCCGGCUCUGCCCUGGCCCAGACUGGCUCCCAGCUCAUCCAUGCCGGUGAGCUCGUCAAGGUUGCUGAGGCCGUGUCGGCCCUGGAGGGUGUGACGGCUGAGAAGCUGCAGGCUGCUGCCAAGACACUAUUAGAAGGCAAGGCCUCGGUCGCUGCCGUCGGCGACCUCCAUGUAUUGCCCUUCGCUGAGGACCUUGGUCUCCGGCGCAAUCCACCAUCAACCCAGCCCAGUCAAACCGGAACAGCUGUCCCUGCUCUAACAGCCGCCAAAAUGACGUUUGCGUGGAAAGCCGCCGGUCUUACCUACAACCGCUACCUCGCCGUCGCCUCGCGCGCCGUGCGCAAUGCCCUCAAGGAGGACAAGCGGCUCGCUGCUGAGCGCCGCAAUAGGCAGGAGCUGAGGUUUGCUAAGUGGACGAACGGCAAGCAAGGCGAGAUUCAGAACCUCGCCGACGCCAACGUCGCUGCCGCCGUCGAGAGCGCCGCUGCUGGUGGCACUGCCUAA